ACUAAUACUACUGCUUCUGCUGCUGCUUAUGACUGGAACUAAGAACUCUUCGUCUCCUUCCCUCAGAAGAUCAUGUUGACUCCUCAGCCCACAGCGGACAUGGACGCUCUGCAGGACAUGGGCAGCUGGACAGAGGAGGACUUUGAGGACAAGUGCACCUACAUUGUGAUGGACCAGCCUGUAGAGGUGGAGGAGGAAGAGGAGCGCCGGGAGAAGAACCAGGUGGAGAGCCAAAGAACCAGGAGGAGCAGAGCAGAGAGGUCCCUUCCCAGGAACCUAGUACUGAAAUGUAACGGAGCAGAGGUGGUUGGAGUGACCAGCACAGAGCUCAUUCCUCAGGGCACACGCUUUGGCCCCCUCAUCGGAGAACGCUACACAGAUGACACCGUGCCCCAAAACGCUAACCGCAAGUACUUCUGGAGGGUGUUCCGCGAUGGCCGCUUGCACCACAUCCUGGACGGUCUGCACGAGGACCGCAGUAACUGGAUGCGCUACGUAAACCCCGCGAGGUCCACGGAGGAGCAGAACAUGGUGGCGUGUCAGAGCGGUCUGGACAUCUACUUCUACACCAUCAGACCCCUGCCCCCCGGUCAGGAGCUGUUGGUUUGGUACUGCCCCCAGCUGGCCCAGCGCUGCAACUAUCCGCCGUUGGGGCAUCUGGCUACUGACAACACGGAAAAGACUUCGUCCUCUCAAGACAAACCCAGUGGCAAACGCGGGCACAGCGUCUCCGAAAUCCUCCGCAGAGACGACCCACCCAAACCCAAAGAGUCCAGGAAACUUGCGGACGGUCCCCUGUCCCGACCGGACCCUGCACUUUUCCCGUUGUGCCCCCGCGUCCUGUAUCCCAUCCAGCCCCUCACCGAGACCCCCCGCUACCCCACCAUGCCCGUCUGCACCCCCCCUCCUCCCAAGAAACCCGUGCUGGCUACUGUGCCAUUCCCGUACAAUUCCAUACAUGACCAACUCCUCCCUGUCCGACAAUCUUACGUCAUACCGCACUACUCGCUCCUACCUCAAAUUUACCCUUUGUACAACGAAAGAUUGAAACCAAACUUAGCAUUACCGCAAAACGUGCUUCCUUUUGAUAGCUACGUGCCAUUCUUACAUUCGCUAAGGAACAAGGAACUGUACAAGCAAUCCAACCCAAAAGAGGGCAAACACCUCAAAUGCUACCUCAAGAGCGAACCUACUAGUGCGCGAUCGCUAGCACCAAUGCCAUCCAAUGACAUGGCGAUACACGGAGGAGGGGUAGUACCAUCGCUGGCCACGGGGGGUGCAGGGAGCAAACCGGAGCGGGGCGAGGAGGCAGAGGGGGAGCUGAGGAGGAGUAGAGCCCACAUGGGAGGCCAGGCGUUGGGCUACAAGACGCUAUCCUACCCCCUGACCCGGCAGAAUGGAAAGAUCCGCUACGAGUGCAACGUGUGCAGAAAGGUCUUCGGACAGCUCUCCAAUCUGAAGGUUCAUCUCAGAGUGCACAGUGGAGAGAGGCCUUUCACAUGUCAGACCUGCUCUAAGACAUUCACCCAGCUGGCCCACCUGCAGAAGCACUACCUGGUCCACACCGGAGAGAAGCCGCACCAGUGCAAGGUGUGCCACAAGCGCUUCAGCAGCACCAGUAACCUGAAGACCCAUCAGAGACUCCACUCGGGUGAGCGGCCGUACCAGUGCAAGCAGUGCCCCGCGCGCUUCACCCAGUUUGUCCACCUCAAACUGCAUCGACGCCUGCACACGGGAGAGCGCCCCCACCAGUGUCCACGCUGCCACUGCGCCUACCUGCACCACUGCAGCCUACAUCUACACCUGCAGGGUUUCUGUCCUAUGUCCUCGGGCGUGUCCAAUCCAGAAGAGCUGCACCACAUCAACUCAGAGAUCGAGCGCUUCGACUUGAGCGAGGCGGCCGAGCAGCUGGAGGCCACGGCCGCCGAAGUGCACCUGACCAAGGGCGACGUGCAUGAGCUUAUCAAGAUCAUGGAGCAGAGUCAAGUUUACAAGAAACCAAGAGGGAGCGACAGUGUUCUGCAGUGUAUGCUACCCCUGUACCCCAACAGCAUCAAGCAAGAGUCUGCGACAGAAGCGUGAGGGAACAGAGAGCGAUUCUGGAAUUAAAUGGGUCUUAAAGGUCCUAUAUUAUGCAAUACUGACUCUUGUGAGCUUUAAACCAUGUUACCUCCUCAAAAAUAUUCCCAGAGUUGUGUUUUGUUUCAUUCACACAUGUUUUAGUAACACUUUAUUAUUAGUCUAUAUCACAGAGUAUAUAUAUGAAUAGACAUAGCUAGCCAGCUAGCCGUCGCCUUCCAAAUUGAAACUCACCAUGGGUGCAAAAUGGUUCCUUCAAGCUCUGGUUGCAAUUCACUUUGUAUUGAAAAACCAUCGCCCCUCUCUCUGUAACUGUUGUUGUCAGACUCAUCAUUUUAUAAUGUUCCUAUUAAUCCACCCUACAUGAUCAUUAUUUCCCUAUUUUGUCCUUAAAUCAAAAGAUGAACAUUAAUACCAGACCAAUCUGGUGCCUGUUUUCCCCGAGGUUGCUCCUGUUAGCGUUAGCAACAGGUUUGACUGACCACUCCUGGGCAGGGGCGUUAUCUUCAACAGCCUCGCUCCUGAUUGGCUCUUUGGUUAUGUGCUUGAAUUUCCAAAUAUGAUCCCUAGUUGCAGAUUAACCGGUAUAAAUGCUAGCUAUCCUGCAACUGAACACUAUGAGUCACACUCCCUUAGUCCGCUUCUAUUUUACAGUGUAUGGGCUGUCUACAUCUCAAAAAUGUUCUGUUCCACCUUGUGAUGUCAUGAAGCAGUUGCUUUCAAGUUAACUGCUCCCUUUUAUCUUUUGUGCAGUAGAAAUUGGAAAUUAUAGCACUUCCUGUAUUAUCACAUGAUGACAUCACAAGGUGAAACAGAGUGUUUUCAGUUUGAGAGAAGAACUCAGCCUAAAUAUGCAGGGUUUGUGUGUUAAACAUGUGUGAAUAAAACAAAACAACUCCAGGUCUGUUUGUGAUGAGGAAACAACAUAACUUAGAGUAGAGAAUAGCAUAAUAUAGGCCCUUUAACAACAACAAAAGAACAAGACUAAACCAAGAUCCAAAAAGGAGAUUUAACCUGAACUGAAUGAAAAUUAAAGAAGGGCUGGUGAAAAGAAACCAAAGAACUUAACCAGAACUGAACCAGAUUCACAAAGUCUUUGACUAAAAUGAGCCUUACCAACUGAAACAAGACCAAACCAACACGGACUUAAAGGGGGUAUUAUGCAAAUUUGUAUUUUAUUUUAUUUUAUAUUUUUUUUUACAUUGUUUCAUGUUAUUAUGUUCCUUUAUUCAAAACAUGCCUGAAGGGGUUUUAGAUGUCAUCCAUGCAAAGUUAACAGAAUUUGACCCAGGUCAUUGAAAUGUUAAAUGGACUAAAAUAAACCUUAGCAACAACUGCACCAAAACCAAAACCAGACUUAACUGAAACUGAACCAGAUCAUUAAUUCUUUCUUGGACCAAAAUGAUCCUCAGCAACAACUGCACAAGAACUAAACCAAGACCAAUGAUGGGUUAAGCCUGGAUUAGAAAAAAAGGAUUUGAAGGACCAAGGCCAAAGAUGAACUUAAACUGAACUGAGCUAAUUUACCUUAACUUGGAUUAAACCAGCAGUUGUUAUAAAAGCAGCUCCUAUGUUCAAAUUAUGCUGUCUGCACCUAUUUAUAAACCCAACCAGGACGUAGGCUGAAAUCUGUUGCGCUAUUAGAAUGCUAGUUAAUGUUAGCCUUACCGUGAUGUAAAUCUCUGCUCUGGAAUCUGAAAGUUGUGAAAAGUUUUUAUAAACUCAUUGUGGUGAAUAAUUAGGAUGUUCUGAAUGCAUACGGUAAGUCAGAAAUAACUUUGGACCACUGAAAUAGUCACAUUUAAGACAAUAAACAUCAGAUACAGCGCCUUUAUCCAAAACUAUAAAAUGUCAAAAAGACUAGACACUAGCACUGGAACUUUGAUUGUAAAAAAUGGCAUAUGAAACAGUUUCCAAAAUCACCCAAGGGGGCGGUAACAUUCAAAGUUACGGAGGCCUUACAUAUUUCCUAUCAAAACCACCACAGCAAUUACUAUGGCAUUAAAUUUGUCCUUUGACACUUUGUAAUAAUAACACCUUAAUUAACCUUAUUAAAGCAUGAACGAGGACUCAAUUAAUAAUGAACAAAUUGAGAAAAAUAAUUUAGUUAAUACUUAAUUAAUACAUUAAUUAGCAGAAAUGCUAAUCAAGGUAUUAAUUAACUAGUUACCAUAAACUGUAUGUAUCUCUGAGCAUAGCUAACCUGCUAGCAUUCCAAAUAGGAAGUGAUAAUGGAUGUAUUUCCAGCUCCAUCAUCUCCAUUGGCUCCAAUUCACCUUCUGUAGAAAAAAUGUCGUCCCUCUCUCUGUAACUGCUGCAGGGAGCCUUGUCAUUUUGGUCUUAAAAAACCCACUCUACAUGAUUAUGGUGUUUUUUAUUUUGUCCGUGAAUCAAGAUAUGAACAUUGAUAACAGACACAUCUGGUGCCUUCUCUCUCUGAGUUCACUUCCACUACCAUAAGCAACAGACAGCGUUUCUAAGAGCCCGUCCCCUGCCAAACCAGCAGUGCAGGUGGGACGAGGGUGUUACCUUUAAAAGCCUCACAAAACUCAUUUGACUGGAGCUGAACGCUAUGGGUGACGCCACACUCACUUAGUCUGAUUCUUUAUACAAUCUGUGGUAGUUACUACAUCUGGCAAGUGUGCUAAUUAAUUAAAGUGCAUAUGACAUUUCAUAUUUUUUUAAUUUUGACUUGGUUUGGCAGGAUAGUACCUGGGCUAAACAUUUAUCAUAGUUUUAUAUCAUAGUCAUAGUAUAGUUUAACUAUGAUAGUCACUUAAAGAGAAGAAAAGUACAAAAAAGUUCUAAAACAGAAUCCGUCUACCUAUGUCAUCGACCAAAAAUUCUUUCCAAAAUACAGGCACAAUUUACGCACAAGGAACACUUUUUUCUGAUAUAUUAAUAAUUGAUUUAACAAAAUAAAGGUGUUGACAUCUGUUUUUAUUAGUCUGAACAUAACUAUUGUGUAAUUUAGACACAUUUUGUUAACAUUAUGGUUGCUAGGUAA